AAGUACCUACAUAAGGCAAUACCCCUGCCAGGUCAGGGGUUCAGCUCACAGCCUUAUUUGGCAUAAGCGUAUAAGCGUAUAAGCGCCAACCCCGUCACAACCGUUUCUAGGAUCUCCUAACUAAAUGUUUCCACUGCUCUGAGGCUAUGACGUUUCCUAGGAUCUUUGUGCCGGAACAUUGCCUUUCUUGUCUUUGAACGCAACUAAGUACCAAAAAACUAAAGUAUAUACUUCGUACUAUCAAAGGGACCGGCGUUUUGUCUUAAUACAUACAAAAUGAGGAUCAACAAUCAACAAUUGUUUUCUGGGGCUCCGAAGAGCACAACAUUUAAAGAACUUCCUUCCUUCACUACAUCUAUCCAACGAUCAAUUCGAAAUCUUGUCUUACAUUUAAUUCCCUUAAUAAUAUUAAUAUUAGCCUGUAGCUCUGAGCUUGACUAUUCCAUCUGUGUUAACAUCCUCUCCGUACCUUCGCUUUUCAAAAUAUAAUAAUAAUAAUAAUAGUAAUCUCUCUCGAAGACCAACGGCCCAUCUUGAUUGACCGCCACAAUGAGAUCUGAGCUCGCUAUUCAAGCCCUCGUCGGCGCCGUCGCCGUGUCGGCUCUGGCUGUCCCCCCCUCCCUUGAGAAGCGAUUAAAACUUAUCGACCUUGGACAGUUCGGCAGCUUCCCAACUAUUACACCCGAGCAGGCCCAUGUUGAAGCUGAGAAGAUAGAAGGCCCUUUCCGCGAUGGACCCGAGUUUAACUUCCCUAAGAUUGUUAUUGGCGGUAAUAAGACUCCUGCUGCCGGAGAGGACGAGGUUGCCGCUACAAGUAACGCCGCUGUUAGCGGCACCUGCGAUCGGAAUAACCCGAAGGUUCGCGUCGAAUGGCGGAAUUACUCCCAAGCUGACCGGAAAGCCUUUGUCAAUGCUAUCAAAUGUCUAAUGGGUAAGCCGUCUGCAGGAGGAUUCCAAGGCUCAACAAGCCGUUACGAAGAUAUCGUGUCCGUACAUCAGCAAAUGACCCAUAACAUUCACCAGAGCGCCGUGUUCCUGCCUUGGCACAGAUACUACGUCUCGGCUUUCGAGGACCUGAUGCGAAACGAAUGCGGAUUCACUGCCGCUUUUCCAUGGUGGGACGAGACGAAAGACGCCGGUCACUUUGCUGAUUCGGAUCUAUUCACCGACGAUUAUUUCGGUCCUCUUCCCGGGAAGACUUCAAAUGACCAAGGAACCUGUAUUGAGUCAGGCACAUUCGGUGGACUCACUCUUCACAUUGGCCCCGGCAGCGGGUUCCAAAAUCAUUGUCUUUCGCGGGCUGUCGACGAGAGCUUGACUGGUACCGUCAGUGCCCAAUUCGUCCAGGACUGCAAUUCACGGACUUCAUACGAUGAUAUGCGGGGUUGCCAAGAACUUGGCCCGCACGCUUAUGGUCACAACGGCGUUGGCGCAGUUAUGUCCGAGGUCCAGGCUUCACCCGGAGACCCGAUCUUCUUCAUGCACCAUCUCUUCGUCGAUCACUCGUUCCGCAUCUGGCAAAAUGCCAAUGCCUCGCGCACCACAUCCAUCAACGGCUGUGCCGGCUCUAGCAGCCCAUGCACCCCAAUUACUUUGGAUUACGUCCUCUCUUCUAACGGACUUAAAGCCGAUACUACCAUUGGCAACGUCAUGGAUACAUUAGGUGGCUACUUAUGCUACCGUUACGACUACUAGUUCUCGAAUGCCAUGCCUUUUGGCGAUGCUCAGCGUGGUUUCUUUUUUUAAAAAAAAUAUUUAUUACGACGUCUUUAUUUUAUCUCGCACUCGCAUCUGCGUAGAAUUGGCAUUGGGGUUACGGAAGGGCUUAUAAUACGGCAAUAAGAUGGCAUCCGGUUGGUUAUUUGGAUGAUACCUUUUGGGAUAGAGAACGAGUUAACCAAAAAAAGCAUUCCUUGGAGAGUAUAUACCGGGAAGUGUUUCGUACAUAGCAAAAUUAUAAAUGUAUAUAGAGGUAUGUUUAUGAACUUUUUUUCUCUCUUGAAAAAGAUCUUCACCAAUAAGCUUCUCCGCGUCACCC